AUGGCGAUCUGGAAACGCAACUCGGCGGUCGCUGAGGAGGCCGCCUCUGGGUCCGACACUGAGAGAUACAACGAGAAACACGACGAGAAGAGCCAAUAUGGACAUGAAUCACCAACGGGUGAGAUUGGCGAGCUGUCUGACCCGGCUGCGCCCAGCGAGAGCCUUCACCGUGGUCUUCAAGCUCGCCAAGUCUCCAUGAUUGCCAUUGGAGGAGCUAUUGGAACCGGUCUCAUCAUCGGCACAGGAACCGCGCUGGCCAACACCGGACCGGCAUCGAUUGUGAUUUCCUACUCUCUCGUCGGAAUGUUGGUCUACGUGGUGAUGGCCAGUCUUGGAGAAAUGGCGACUUGGUUACCCGCUGCAGGCGGUUUCGCUGUCUAUGCCGACCGUUUCGUUGAUCCCGCGCUUGGUUUUGCUACUGGUUACACGUACUGGUUCAAGUACAUCAUCACAACCCCUAACCAACUUACUGCCGGUGCUCUGGUCAUUCAGUACUGGGUGAACAGGGAAACAGUCAAUCCAGGUGUUUGGAUCACCAUUUUCCUGAUUGCGAUCAUCAUAAUCAACGUUGCUGGAAUCAAGUACUUCGGAGAAUUCGAAUUCUGGCUCUCGUCUAUUAAAGUGCUGGUUAUCCUCGGAAUCAUCCUCCUGAGUCUUAUCAUCGCACUCGGUGGUGCUGACGGAGAUCGUCGAGGAUUCCGCUACUGGAAUAACCCCGGAGCAUUCAAUGAAUACAUGGGAACCGGUGCACUGGGACGCUUCACGGCUGUGUGGCAGUCCAUGGUCACGGCUGUGUUUGCAUACCUUGGAACCGAGCUGGUUGGUGUGACAGUCGGCGAGGCCCAGAACCCCCGACGCAACAUUCCUCGUGCCAUCAGGCUCACUUUCUGGCGUAUCUGCGUAUUCUACAUCACCAGUGUCAUCCUCCUCGGCAUGUGUAUUCCUUACAACAGCGAGGAACUCCUGGGUGCUACUGCGGCCACAACGUCAGCUGCCGCUUCCCCUUUCGUGGCUGCGAUUAAGGUCGCUGGUAUCGAUGCUCUGCCCGGUAUCGUGAACGGCUGCAUUCUCCUCUUUGUGUUCAGUGCUGCCAACUCAGAUCUGUACAUUGCUUCACGGACAUUACACGGCCUUGCGAUCAAGAGACAUGCUCCAGCGAUCUUUGCAAAGACCAACAAGUGGGGAGUGCCUUACUAUGCACUUGGCCUUUCAGCAACCAUUUGCUGCCUGGCAUACAUGAACGUCUCGACCGCAUCCAAGACCGUCUUCGGAUACUUUGUUAACUUGGUCUCAAUCUUUGGCCUGCUUACAUGGAUCUCCAUCUUGGUGUCGCAUAUCUACUUCGUCAAGGCCCGGAGAGCGCAGGGCGUUCCUGACGAUAGCCCUCUGCUGCGCUACAGAUCACCUUUUGGACUUUGGGGCACCUACGUUGCCCUCGCGUUCUGCGUAUUGAUCUCGUUGACAAAGAAUUUCAAUGUCUUMAAGGAUGGUGGAUUUGACUACAAGAACUUCGUCACCGGGUACCUUGGAAUCCCUCUGUAUCUUAUCAUGAUCAUCGGCUACAAGUUCAUCAUGAAGACCGACGCUCGCAAGCCCGAGAACGCUGAUCUGUGGACUGGGAAAGCCGCCAUUGAUGCUGACGAGCAGGAGUGGCUCGCGAAGGAGGCUGCAGAUCGCGCGAACGGACGAGAUGGAAGCUGGCUGUAUCGCCACACGCUCGGCUACCUUUUCUAA